UAUUGACCUAGGGGAUACUCACACCGCCUUAGAUUGUAGAAGCGGGUCAUUUAGUCUGUAUUCAUGCAUGUUACUUUUCCUUGAGUUGGUUUUUCUCCUCAUAAGUAUUUCGAAUGGAGAAAAUGAUUAUUUACAUCUUCGGGUAAUAAAUCCAUCCACUCUGCCAUUUACAUAUCGCUUAAGCCCUGGUCAAAUAGGACCCCAUUUUAAUACAACAUUUACGUCUACAUCACUAGUGCUAACAGAACCACCUCAUGCAUGUGAGCUGGUAAGUAAUGCACAUGAAGUUAAUCGAAAUAUUGCUCUGAUAAUUCGUGGAGGUUGUAGUUUCGUCACGAAAGCAAUUAAUGCUCACGUUGCCGGUGCAGUUGCUGUGAUUGUUUAUGAUUUUAACCGCAAGGCUAUCCACACAUUUAGCAUGAUUCAGGAUGAUACUUCCAGACGUGUGCAGAUACCGUGUGCGUUUAUGAAUGGAAAAGAUGGUCAUUCAAUAACCACUGCUUUGGAUAAUUUAAAUCUAACAAAAGCAUUAGUUGAUUUUCCUGUUAAUGUUACUGUGGUUCCAGUAUAUCAUUUGCGUUUAACUCCAUGGACAUUAUGGUGAAGAAUAAACUAAAUAUUCAAACUUUAUUUUCUCCUACAAACCAAUGAUUAUAUGUUUGUAUUUUCUGCACUAUGAGUACAUUUGUAAAAUAUUACUUCUUGUAUAUGACUAUAUGUUUUCAUAUGACUUACAACUCUUUCAUUUAAAAAAUGAGAUUUCCUUUAGUCAUAUAAUUCACUUACAUUAUAUUUUACGUUUGUUCUUUAUUCAACAUUGUAUUUUCUAUUUUCUCAUGUAAAUACUGGUUUGCUUUGUUAAACCUGCCUGUUAUCUUCUCCCAACUGAGUAAUUAUAGUUUUAUUAACACGUAAAUGGUUUUUAAUAUAG